AUGCAGGUCCAUCUCGCUGUGCUUCUGUCUGUAGCUGUUAUCUUGGCGACUGUCAUCGACGCGGCGGUAGACUCCAAGACGGCGGAGCUUCAGUCCUUCACGGGGACUAGACUCCUACGAGCGGGUGCCAACACCGCCGCAUUCGACGAAACAAGAAGCAUCCCUGGCGUAGUGGCCAGCUCGGACAACGCUUUUAAGUUUCUCAAGCUCGAUGCUUCCUGGGACAAGCUCCUGAGGAACCCUGAUUUCAAGGUUUGGGUGAAAUAUGUCGCCGAGACUAAGCAAACCCCAGAGAUCGCAGUUAUCGUGAAACUUCGGGGGCAAUUCGGGGGUGACGCGAAGCUCUCGGAGUUGCUCCAUUUGGCCAAAAAAUUGCAGAACGCGCAGUUUGAGCUAUGGUUCAUCAGGGGGGUCAAGCCGGGCGAUGUGCCUGACAAAAUUUUCGGGUACAGUCCUGCCAGUUGGAUGCGGCUCCAUAUCUUGACUCCCCAGAGGCAAGCGCGGUUUGCAUACAGUAUCUACGUGGACAAGACCCACCCCAAGUGGUUCAACACUGUGUCGAACUGA